AUGUCAAAAGGAACCUUAUAUGCAAACGAAUAUACAAGAGGAAUUGCAGUUCAAGGUAUAAUUAAAUAUUAUAAUUUACCAUUUGACAUAGUAUAUUCUAAGAAAAAUACAGAUUUUGAGAAAAACUUCCCAAUGCUUAAAAUACCUGCUCUAAUAACACCAGAAGGAAUCAAAUUACAAGAGGUCAUCCCAUUGACAAUCUAUGUGGUAAAACAAAUCCCAGAUGAAUUGGAGAAAAGAAAAUUGUUGACUUCAGAUGAUGAUUUAUUAGAAGCAUUACAAGGAAAAUUCUUAUCCUUAUCAAACACCGAUUUUUUUAUGAAUAUAUGCUAUAUCUUAAUGAUGUCUUUGAAAUUUGUACCUUGGCAUCAAGACAUCAUCGACCGUGCAUGGACAGAGGUAAACAAUGCCGCUGAGGUGUUCAGUGAAAGAUUAUCAAGGCACAGCUAUUUAGUAGUCGAUGACCAUAUCACCGUAGCAGAUUUAAUAUGUGCCACCCAAUGGGCUUUCUGCUGUCAGAAUAUCCUAGGCAAACCGUGGAGGGAUAACCAUCCAGGGAUUGACCCAUGGGUAUUAAGGGUCAUCAGAUCCCCUAUUUUGAAAGACUAUUUCUCAGAUUUUACAUUUGCCGAAAAAAAUUGUGAUGAGAAAUAA